GUAGCGAUCACAAGACAAAACACUGAGAACGCUAUAUAGGUUUACUUGGUGUUGAAUUGUUCCAGCACGAUAGCUCUGUUUAUUUUUCCGGUAAGCAGAGAUUUAAAACAACAAGAACAGGUAAAUAUUCCCUCUUCUCGACUCAAUAAUGACGACAGCAAUGGGAGAUCUACCGCUAGCGAGACGUUACCUACCAAAAAGUCUUGGAGACAAAAUUGCACUUGCAUUCACUGUAAUUAUGCUGCUAAUCGUCGCACUCUUUGAACUGUUUAUAAUAUUACCAGACAUAUUCCCAAAUUACGGUACUUUGUACAACGUGUAUGUCUGUAUCGGUUUGUUCUUGUAUCUGAACUGCAUGGGCAACUUGAUCAUGAUGACGCGAAUUGACGUCACAUCGGGGACCACCGUCCUACCGGCGAUUUUGAAAACCGGCUGGAGGUACUGCCACGUUUGUAUGCAGAACUCGCCGCCUCGGUCAUUUCACUGUUUCAACUGCGACUCUUGUAUAUUGAAGCGUGACCACCACUGUGUCUUUGCCGGAAAAUGCGUCGGAUACUACAACCAUCGCUUUUAUCUUGUCACCCUGCUGUAUUUAUUUUUGGGUUCAUUAUUUGCAAACUUUUUAAACUUCGAUCACGCCUGGGCGUUGUUGGGAGGCGCCAACUGGAAAUCGCUCAUUACUAUGAUCGUUCCGUUCGUAGCCUGGAUUUUCGGUUUUACUGAGCGUUAUACCUUCAUGCUGUCAUUCUUAUGCGGGACCUGCAUCGUGGCUUGCGCCCUCAUCGGUGUGAUGUGUUAUUACUAUACCUCGCUAAUGCUACACGGUCAAACAACUCACGAAAACGGCACAAGAUGUAAAGAUUACGACCUGGGUUGGAAACAAAACUUGAAAGAUGCUCUUGGUGAACGGUGGUAUUUGGUGUGGCUGUGUCCAUUUAUAUCGUCACAUUUGCCUGGAAACGGUCUAGAAUUCAAGAAAGGGAGAACUAUGGAGGACAUUAAGGACAUGUAA